AUGCCCCGUUUGCUGAGGUUUGCUUUGCUGCGGUUUGCUUUGCUUUGCCCGCCCAAACAAGUGAUUUGGCGUGCUAUGAGUGGCUCCUACGUUUUAAUUUAUGUGUUUAAGAAAAGCAAGGCCUUAAGAAGCAUAACGGUAUUUGUUAAGAAUUUAAAAGUAUUCCUGGCAAAACCGGGCAAGGCAAAGCAAAAACCAGCCUGUUCAGGGCGGCGCACUCGCUCGGAAGGAGCGUUUCCGGCAUGUCGAAUCUUACACGUGUACAUAGCUCCACCGGUACUUCACACCGCCGUCGCUCCUCCCACAGUAAACACGACCAAGGUCUUGUUUGAUGAGAGCCUCAGAGCCUGUCCCAACACAGCCAUGUCUCUCUUUCCGAUAUGA